AGGAGGGGGUGGGGACGGACGUUAAAAUGAGUGGAGCACGUCGUUUUAAUCCUCUCUAUCAAAGAUCAUAACACCACACAGCUUCCCCCAGCUAACAGCGAUGCGACACGGACGCCAUCUGUGAGCACGAGAUACCAGACAGAGCGGGGGGGCGUUAAUUGUGUGUGUGUGUGUGUGUCCGUAUAGAAAGAAGAGCACCAGUCUUUUCUUCCUUCCUUCCUUCCUCCUUUUUCUCCAUAGACAGAUUAGAGAGACUGAGGUUGGGAUUGAGCCGUUGAGAUUGGAUUCCUCCUACUACUAAUCUAGGGUUUUCAAUUUGGGGGUGGAGAAUAACGAAGAAGGGCUGAGAGAGAGAGAGAUGCUCAAGUAUUGGAAUCAGCAUCACUCUCAAAGAGGAGGAGGAGGAGCAUUGGCUGCUCUGGUGGUGCUUCUUCUUCCUGCGCUAUGGCCUUCUCUCUUCACUCCUCUCGGUCACGCCUCCCCUUCCAUCUUCUCGGAGUGGAAUGCUCCCAAACCAAGACAUCUCUCUCUCCUGAAGGGUGCUUUACAACGUGGGAUUUCGGAUGAACAGAAAUCUGAGCUUUGGUCGCCCUUGCCACACCAAGGAUGGAAACCAUGCAAUGCAGAUGCAAACAGUGGUGCACUCCCGGAAAAAUCAACUGGAUACAUCCAAGUAUUUCUAGAUGGAGGGUUGAAUCAGCAGAGGAUGGGGAUAUGUGAUGCAGUUGCGGUCGCAAAAAUUUUGAAUGCGACUCUUGUGAUCCCUCACCUUGAAGUAAAUCCUGUUUGGCAAGACUCCAGUUCAUUUGAAGAGAUUUAUGAUGUGGAUCACUUUAUCAAUGUCUUGAAAGAUGAGAUCUCGAUAGUUAGGACCUUGCCUGAUGAAUACUCAUGGAGCACAAGAGAGUAUUAUGCUGUUGCCAUCCGAGCUACGAGAAUUAAAACUGCACCUGUUCAUGCUUCCGCUAAUUGGUAUCCAGAAAAUGUCAUUCCUGUUUUGCAGAGUUAUGGUAUUGCGGCCAUAGCACCCUUUUCGCACCGCCUGGCUUUUGACAGCUUGCCUGCAGAUAUACAAAAGCUUCGUUGCAAAGUCAAUUUCCAAGCAUUGGCUUUUGUUCCUCAUAUCAAUGCUUUGGGUGAGGCUCUUGUGAACCGCCUGAGGUUCCCAGCACCUACUGAAGAGUACCUGCAGGAGGUAGUAGAUAAAAAUGUUAGGGGAUCGGGCAAAUUUGUCACCUUGCAUCUUCGGUUUGAUAAGGACAUGGCAGCACACUCAGCUUGUGAUUUUGGCGGUGGCAAAGCUGAAAGGCUGGCCUUGGCAAAGUACAGGCAGGUGAUCUGGCAAGGGAGAGUCCUGAACUCUCAAUUCACUGAUGAGGAGCUGCGUAGUCAGGGUCGCUGCCCGUUGACCCCGGAAGAAAUUGGCUUGCUACUGCUACUGGCUGCUUUAGGCUUUGACAACAAAACUCGCCUCUAUCUUGCCUCACACAAGGUAUACGGAGGAGAAGCCAGGAUCUCAAGCUUGCGGAAGCUUUUCCCACUGAUGGAGGACAAGAAAAGCCUUGCUUCUGAAGAGGAACUUGCGAAGGUUGAAGGGAAGGCUUCUCUUCUAGCUGCUGUUGAUUACUAUGUGAGCAUGCACAGUGACAUCUUCAUUUCCGCAUCUCCAGGGAAUAUGCAUAAUGCUAUGGUUGGGCAUCGGACCUACGAGAACUUAAAGACGAUAAGACCAAGCAUGAGCUUAUUAGGUCAGCUGUUUUUGAAUAAGAGCAUGGAGUGGCCGGAGUUUCAGCGGGCAGUCCAAGAAGGACACAAAAAUAGGCAAGGGCAGAUUAGAUUGAGGAAGCCAAAGCAAUCGAUAUAUACAUAUCCUGCUCCUGAUUGCAUGUGUCAGGCAUGAUCGGCCCCUGCCCGUGGUUCUAGUCUAUUAUUAUCACGAAUUUGUACUAUGCUGCCCUUGUGUUUCCAUGUGUUCAUUGUUGUAUUUGCGAUAGAGUGAUUGUUUAAAUUUGUAAUAUUCCAUCAGCUACUCAAAAGUAUAAUCUGUGUUCCUCUUACGAUCUAGUGGCUCAGCGUGGACUGAAGCUGGAUUCUAUAAAGGACGAGACAAAUUAGUUUGUGUUCUCGAGAUAU